AUGGACUGCAUCUUCCAGUUUGGGGACCAAUUGGCCAUGCAAGUAACCACCCUGUUAUGGUGUAUCUGGACGGCAAGAAAUAAAUUCAAUGCUGGUGAAAGUGCCCCCACGGCUGAUGCGGUUGCAGCUAAUUGCAGCCUACAUAUCCUUCAGUUUACUGAACACCUGAAGGAUGGGAACCAAACCAAAACAAACAGGAGGUGCAGGUGGUCACCGCCACCAUCAGAUUUCAUUAAGAUUAAUUUUGAUGGUGCUUACUCAGGCAACACACGAGAGGGAGGAUGGGGUUUCUGUGCAAGAACUGAGGAAGGUUCAGUCUGGGAUGCAGGCAUAGGCCGACUGACUCAUCUUUCUGACGCUCUCCAAGCUGAAGCUGUUGCUUGUUUGCAGGCGAUUCAAUUUGCCCGAGAUGCUGGAAUGAGCCGGGUCAUCUUUGAAACUGAUUCUACAAAUUUAAAGGAUGCCCUAUGUAGCAAUGUAUACGAUCUCUCACAGCACGGUACUAUCUUUAGGAAGGCCAAGUAUAUGCUGUCUACUAGUUUUAUUGAGUACAAAGUUGUAUCUUGUGUCCGCGAAUGUAAUAGUGUUGCUCAUAAAUUAGCGGGUCAGGGUGCGUCUAUGGAACCUGGUGCUCAUAUGUUGUGGUAUGGUACGGUUCCAGACUUUGUAAUCUCUGAUGUAGCCAGCGAGUAUGUUGUGCUAGGUGGUUAA